AUGUCCUCUUCGGGCUCAUCUUUUACUUCAUCCUCGCUCGGCCGUCCGCCAACCUACAGUCGUUCCUACACCAGUCCUGUCGAUUCUACUUGGACGCCAACUUCAGGUGUCUCCAUCUCUUCUGCGCCAUCGUCCAUUGGAGGCUCCUUCGUGCCUCGCUCCAGUCUGCGUCCUCUCGACAUUGGCCCCCCGGGCUUUCAGGCCACCAUAACCCUCUUUCAGGACACACCAGAAGAGCGGACGGUGUAUCUCGGCCCCUGGGAAGUGGUGGGAUCUGAGCAGCGCCGAGUGUUGUGGCAAUGUAGCUACCAAAAUGAGCUGCUCGAGCAUUACUUGCCAUCGGACGUGCCGGCGGAAGUGUUUCCGCACACGCUGCAUUCGCGCCACAGACAAUACCACGACCCAUCCGACAUGGAGCGAUACGUCACAUUUACCGAACCGCAUCGCAUACGAUACAUCUCCGACGAAGGCGUCUGUAUUCACGAUCAGUACAUAUCCGUGCGCUACGAAUUUACAUCGGUAGACGGCUCCUUCCUCUUCCAGGGUGAUGUGCGCCGCAAGGACUUGGUAGACUUCUACGACGUCGACGUGGUAUGGACAAACGUACACGGCCGCACCGACAGCUAUGGCAAAGUAAAGGGCAUUGGUGCAAUCCAGAGACUCAAGCUUUGGCGCGAUAGGUACACGACUUGUCACUCCCUGACGGUGCUUGCAAACAAGACUGGAGGAUCAUACCGCGAAUAUGAUGUGCACACCUUUGAGGGAGAACUUCGUGGGAGGGAAGACCGUGCGAAGCAAGUGCGACUCGUAGUUCAUGGUCGUCGAGGAAGUGCCCCGGAAAGCUCAAGGCGUUCUCUCGCAUCGAGAAUGAGGCCAAGGGUGUUUUCCCCUGGGCAACCGACAGACGCGGGCGAUGAUAUCCGGUAUCUGAGUAUCCAAUUUACUCACGGCGAGGCGUACCGUAGAUUUCUUGAAACUUGGCUAUACGCGCACAGCUCGGAUCGGGAAUUCAAUGGCGUGCCCUUUCCACCGCACCACUUUGAGCUGCCGUCGCCGCAAAUCCUCCCCAGUCAAGAAAGUGAUGCAUCACAUCGGCGGCUGGGAUCAGUUCCCGAGCGACCAGACGGAUGA